UUUGGAAUAAGCACUAAUAUCCAUGAACCCUCCAAGUUGGAAGGCCGUUGGUUAGCGCUAUCGAGCAGUGCUCAAGCUGACUUUCAUGCUGUGGAAUGUCUCAGUACUCCUUGUCAGUUUUGUGCUAGAUUGUGCACAUCUGACUGUUCAAAAUCUGGUUUAGUUGGUGGACUCGAUCGCAUAACUUGUGCCCACAAUUUCCUUGUUCCAAUUGUCUUUGCCCGAAGUUCACAAAUACUCUGAGAAUGUCAUGUAUAACCCAGGCACGUAGCCUGGGGAGGGUAGACGUAGACUCCACGGGCAAGUACACCCCGCUCCGCCCACCCCUAAACAAACGGUGUGACACGUUAGUUCUAGCUUGUCGUGUGGCCUGUUGGAUUCGGACCCUAGCCUGCAAGCGACCAAGUAAUAGUCCGUCUUUACGAUUUUAGUUUAGCUCAGCUGGUGCGCUGGCUGGAAGGCUCUGAGUGCGGAAGAAACAUUUGCGCUCAUCGAAGUCAUUAUUUUGAAUGUUUGUUAGUUAGCGGCCCUGUACAAUACCGAGCACAACCAUUGGUUUCAAAGUGUUCCGCCACGACGCACUCCGAAGAACCGGUGCGAGCCGUGCGCCGAGUCCGCAAGCGGAGUGGAUUGCUGGCGUUUAUCCAGCAGAAACGGGAACGAAGGAGCGGCGACCAUGGCUUCUCCUGUCACCACCGUGUUGUCGACUGUAGCCAUUCUGCUGGUUCUUCUUCCGUGCAGCAGCGGACAGAUCCCACCCGUGGUAUUGGUCAAUGACGUCACUGGAGUCGCCGGUGAACGGAUUGAAAUCGUGUGUCGCAUCCGCAGCGAUCCACCACCGGCGACGAAUCAAGUCGCUGUGGUAUUGAGCAGCGGUAUCUUGGUGGGACCUAUGGCGUUUUCCUUUGUCAGUGAGAUGCCACGCAUUACUGACUUUUUUUUCCAGAUCCAGACUGCCGACCUAGCCCUUCAUGCAGGCCCGGCAGUCUGCCGCACCAGAGUAACUCUUGAUAGCGGAACAGAAGAGGUUAACGGUUCCUUCAACAUCGCUGUUCUCGUUAUGCCCGUGGUUCGAAUAACCCCACCCACCCAGACUGUUCUGAAUGGGACUAUUGCAGAACUAGUGUGCGACACCACAGCUGGUACACCACCAUUCCUCUUCUCAUGGUUCUUGUUCUCAACCGAGAUCACGGUGGGCGUCACGAGCAACGCUACGACGUCCACACUGCUGGUUGAUACGGCCAUGAUGCAGACCAGGUCCCGUUCCUACACAUGUAGGGUGACGCUGGAUCAACCACUCCCGGCCAAUCAGCUUUCUGGAACGGACGUGGGCACUCUGCUGACGGACUUCCCACCCGUGGUCUCGGUCAAUGACGUCACUGGAGUCGCCGGUGAACGAAUUGAAAUCGUGUGUCGCGUCCUCAGCGAUCCACCACCGACGGCGACUCAAGGUGUUUUGGUAUUGAGCAGCGGUAUGGUGGUGGGACCUAUUUCGAUUUCCUUUGGCAGUGGGACGCCACGCACUACUAUCUUUACUUUCCAGAUCCUGACGGCCAACCCAGCCCUUCAUGCAGGCCCGGCAGUCUGCCGCACCAGAGUAACUCUUGAUAGCGGAACAGAAGAGGUUAACGGUUCCUUCAACAUUGCUGUUCUCGUCGUUAUACCCGUGGUUCGAAUAACCCCACCCACCCAGACUGUUCUGAAUGGGACUAUUGCAGAACUAGUGUGCGACACCACAGCUGGUACACCACCAUUCCUCUUCUCAUGGUUCUUGUCCUCAACUGAGAUCACGGUGGGCGUCACGAGCAACGCUACGACGUCCACACUGCUGGUUGAUACGGCCGUGAUGCAGACCAGGUCCCGUUCGUACACGUGUAUCGUGACGCUGGAUCAACCACUCCCGGCCAAUCAGCUUUCCCGAACGGACGUUGGCACUCUGCUGACGGACUUCCCACCCGUGGUCUCGGUCAAUGACGUCACUGGAGUCGCCGGUGAACGGAUUGAAAUCGUGUGUCGCAUCCGCAGCGAUCCACCACCGGCGUCGAAUCAAGUCGUUUUGGUAGUGAGCAGCGGUAUUGUGGUGGGACCUUUUUUGGUUUCUGCUUUCAGUGGGCCGCCACGCACAACUAUCUUUCGUUUCCAGAUCCAGACGGCCGACCCAGCCCUUCAUGCAGGCCCGGCAGUCUGCCGCACCAGAGUAACUCUUGAUAGCGGAACAGAAGAGGUUAACGGUUCCUUCAACAUCGCUGUUCUCGUUAUGCCCGUGGUUCGAAUAACCCCACCCACCCAGACUGUUCUGAAUGGGACUAUUGCAGAACUAGUGUGCGACACCACAGCUGGUACACCACCAUUCCUCUUCUCAUGGUUCUUGUUCUCAACCGAGAUCACGGUGGGCGUCACGAGCAACGCUACGACGUCCACACUGCUGGUUGAUACGGCCAUGAUGCAGACCAGGUCCCGUUCCUACACAUGUAGGGUGACGCUGGAUCAACCACUCCCGGCCAAUCAGCUUUCUGGAAUGGACGUGGGCACUCUGCUGACGGACUUCCCACCCGUGGUCUUGGUCAAUGACGUCACUGGAGUCGCCGGUGAACGGAUUGAAAUCGUGUGUCGCAUCCGCAGCGAUCCACCACCGGCGUCGAAUCAAGUCGUUGUGGUACUGAGCAGUGGUAUGGUCGUGGGACCUUUUUCGAUUUCCGUUGUCAGUGGGGCGCCACCGACUACUACCUUUCGUUUCCAGAUCCAGACGGCCGACCCAGCCCUUCAUGCAGGCCCGGCAGUCUGCCGCACCAGAGUAACUCUUGAUAGCAGAACAGUAGAGGUUAACGGUUCCUUCAACAUCGCUGUUGAUGUUCUGUUACUGGAUGGAAGUGGCACGGUGUUCCGAACAAUGUACCGCGAGAACCAGCUUGCUCCCACCAUUCUCUCACUGCAGCAUUCAGCCACUCUGGUUGGAGAGUCAGCCGCCUGCCAGACGUCCAUAGAGCUAACAGCGUCUUCUGGUACCUUGGAUGAUGUGGCAUUCGAGAAGAUCUUCCCCACCAAGGCGGUGAUGUCACCUAAUAUUAUGAAGACAUUCUUACCGAGACAAUUGGUGUACACGUCAACAGAUGGUAUGCCAAUCUCGACCGAGGAUAUCUUGACCAUUGUCCAAAACACGGAGUACGCGAACAGUCGCGAGGAAAUAUCCAUGGCCGACCGAGUGGUACUUUGGGAACUUCGAGACUGUGAGAGCAACGUCAUAGCGACAGCAGAAACAUUCAUUGGAAUCGAACGUGUCAACGACAACCCACCUGUGGUGAUAUUCAACAUUUCUCCAGGCAUCGUAUGACGAGCAGAAUAUUAGCUAAUGCCAAUGAUGUAAAAUUCAAGAAUUCGUAAUAUUUGUGGGCCGUGCUAACUGGCAUCCACCUCUCUGCAGCAUUUUACCUUGCUAUUUGUGUUACUGUUUGCAUGCAAUGGGCGUAGUUAAAUCGCUACUCGUGGAGUUCGUCAGCAGCUACUUCGAAGUAGAUUCUUUCUUUAUUCUUUCAAUAGCUAUCUUUCUCUAAUUUUCACUUCCAGUCUCUCUCUCUCCCUCCCUCUCUCUCUCUCUCUCUCUCUCUCUCUCUCUCUCUCUCUCUCUCUCUCUCUCUCUCUCUCUCUCUCUCUCUCUCUCUCUCUCUCUCCCUCUCUCUCUCUCUCUCUCUCUCUCUCUCUCUCUCUCUCUCUCUCUCUCUCUCUCUCUCUCUCUCUCUCUCUCUCUCUCUCUCUCUCUCUCUCUCUCUCUCUCUCUCUCUCUCUCUCUCUCUCUCUCUCUCUCUCUCUCUCUCUCUCUCUCUCCUCUCUCUCUCUCUCUCUCUCUCUCUCUCUCUCCUCUCUCUCUCUCUCUCUCUCUCUCUCUCUCUCUCUCUCUCUCUCUCUCUCUCUCUCUCUCUCUCUCUCUCUCUCUCUCUCUCUCUCUCUCUCUCUCUGUCUCUCUCUCUCUGUCUCUCUCUCUCUCUCUCUCUCUCUCUCUCUCUCUCUCUCUCUCUCUCUCUCUCUCUCUCUCUCUCUCUCUCUCUCCCUCUCCCUCUCUCUCUCUCUCUCUCUCUCUCUCUCUCUCUCUCUCUCUCUCUCUCUCUCUCUCUCUCUCUCUCUCUCUCUCUCUCUCUCUCUCUCUCUCUCUCCAAGUCUAGUGAUGUCCACUCUCGGCAUCUCUUCUCGAAUCAAGAAAUUCGAACCCUCCAAAUAUCUGGAUUUUCCUACUCCCAGGUCGCUUAUGCAUGUUUACAUAGCAGCGUGUUUGACAUGAUCUUGAAGUAAUCACAACAAGUCUUUAAUUUUGUACACUCCUCUCUUAAAAACCAGCACUCCCGAAGUUUUGGGAACUAUUUUGACGACUAUCCUCCGAGGACAAUAAUUA